AAUCCCAGACCCAAAAAAAUGGGAAAAAUCGCUGCUACUUUACAUGAAAAAAUCACAAUCUCAGCCUCGUAUCACCGUACAACAUGGCCUCAAUCUCGAAAAUUCACGUAUCGCCGCCACUUCACUGCCACCGAACCACCGGCCAACCACCCCCGGUCCGCCUCGAUUUUCGCCGGAAUUUAGUCUUGUUCGAAACGACUUCGUUUAUAGCGCAAACCAAAGGAAGGAGUAGAAGACUGCGUAUGAGGUCCUUUAGGUCUGAGGAGGAGAGAGGGGAGGUAGCCGAGAAAGUUGAGGAAAGUGAGGGAAAGUGCGGGAAAGUGAGGGAAAAUAAUCAAUUGAGGAGUAGCAAGGGGCUUUAUGAUGCUUUGGGUGCUUUUUUGCGUUUUCCAUCGGAAGAUAAGUUUCAGGAUUCGUUGGAGAAAUUGGAGGAGAUGUUAUUCACAAUUGCCAUGCAAAUUGGAAGAUACAUUGUGACAAUAAUGAGUACCGGAGUAAUACUCUUAGUUGGAUUUCAGUUGUCAGGUGGAGACAGUCAGAUGCAUGAUUUGAUAUGGUAUAGCUGGCUUGGAGGUGUCAUUAUUGGAACAAUGAUAGGAGCCAACAUGGUUUUAGAGGAAGUCAGCCGAGCCGGUCCACGUAAUGUUGUCAUAACUGGAAGUACAAGGGGAUUGGGGAAAGCUCUUGCUCGUGAAUUUCUUCUUUCUGGAGAUCGAGUUGUUGUUGCCUCUCGCAGUUCCGAGUCUGUGGAUAUGACUAUCAGAGAGCUUGAAGAGAACCUGAAAGAAGGUAUGGUCACUGCAAGUGCCUCAUCUGGGACAAAUCUGGCACGUGCAAAAGUAGUAGGCAUUUCAUGUGAUGUUUGCGAACCAGAUGAUGUACGGAAAUUGGCGAACUUUGCUGUCAGUGAACUUGGUUCUAUUGACAUUUGGAUAAACAAUGCUGGGACAAACAAAGGAUUUAGGCCCUUGUUGCAGUUCAGUGAUGAAGAUAUUCAACAGAUUGUCUCUACAAACUUGGUUGGAUCUAUACUUUGCACUCGUGAAGCCAUGCAUGUUAUGAAAAACCAGAACAAGGGCGGUCACAUAUUCAACAUGGACGGUGCUGGCUCCGGAGGAUCUAGCACCCCUCUGACAGCUGUUUAUGGGUCAACAAAGUGCGGUCUAAGGCAACUUCAAUCAUCACUUUUUAAGGAGUGUAAAAGGUCAAAAGUGGGAGUGCAUACGGCCUCUCCAGGCAUGGUUCUGACGGACUUACUCUUGAGUGGGUCGACUAUAAAAAACAAACAAAUGUUUAACAUCAUAUGUGAGCUCCCUGAAACAGUAGCUAGAACUUUAGUUCCACGGAUGCGGGUUGUAAAGGGAAGUGGGAAGGCCAUCAAUUAUUUGACCCCUCCGAGGAUAUUACUGGCUUUGGUCACUGCAUGGGUGCGACGAGGUCGUUGGUUUGAUGACAAGGGAAGAGCAUUAUAUGCAGCAGAGGCGGACAGAAUCCGUAAUUGGGCUGAAAGCCGCACUCGUUUCUCUUUCACGGAUGCCAUGGAGAUGUACGCAGAAAACACUUGGGUUUCUGUGUUCUCACUUUCUGUCGUUUGUGCCUUCAUAAUUCUUUCUAGCACGGGGAGCACAUUUCCUGGCACCUGAAGACAACACUCGCAACUAGGUCUUAUCAGAAACAUAUCGAUUUCUCUCCUCUUAUAUUCAUGAAGGAAGCUGACUGUGUUGCUAAAGUUACUAAUGCAACAAAGAAGCUACGACUCAAUAUGACCGGUGUAUGGUUUUUUUCCCUGCAUCUAUCUUCGAACGCCUCCUUCAACCAUUGUUGCCUUGUAUAGGAGUCUUGAACAGGCUCUUCUAUGGGGUUCUGUAAAGAAUAGCAAGCACAAUUGUUAUCAUUUGUAGCAUAUUCUAUUUUGAGAUGACUUUGAGUUGUAACAUUAAAUGUCUGUGUAAUCAGUAAUGUGAUAUCAUUUUUUUAAAAACUUGUCUCAUUCCUGUCUGUGUUUGAACAUGUAAAGUGAAUUUUAAAUUCAUCCUUAGCAAAGAUUUA